UUUUGUUUGGAGGGUGACGACAUAAUCAAUGCUGAAUGUUAAUUUUCCUUGCGCGCGCAAAACGGCAUGCCUAAGCUUGAGAAAGACAACUAGUUUAUUCGCUGGUAGGAAAACCUUAUAUUUGCUUAAUUGCGACGCGUUGAUUUCAUUGUUUUGUUCUUGCGGCGAAGGUUGAGGUAAGGCGAUCUGGGUCCGUUAACUAAUAGGAGAUAACUUUAGUUAAUGACUAAGCACAAGGACAGAGCCAAAAAAAGCUGAAGCUUCAAAAAAGAAAAAAGAUAAAAAAUUUAAGAUAAAAUAAGAGCAUUUCCGCUUUGGCUACGCUUUCUUUUAAGAAAUACUAUAUAAAACUCACAAUGGGGUCGCCAGCGCAACCGAAACUUCCAGCUAAAGCGACGAAGAAAAGACGUAGAGAAGAUGAGGAAGACGUCCUUCCCACUAAGCAGGCAGCUCCCACAGCACCAGCAACCGCAGCGAAUGAUGGAGGUAGCAAAAAGAAGAAACGGAAGAAAACGAAGCAGAUCGUCGAAGAUCCAAAAGAUGCAGACAAGAAAGAUGGCAUAGACGAGUCUAUUGGCAAAAUGGACGGGCCUCUCCUGGCAGAUUUCUUUGCGCAGCAGGCAAAAAGGCACAACAGCGAAUUGACCGCGGUUGAAUUAGAUGAUGUCUAUGUUCCAGAGCAUGCAUUCCUAGACACGACGUCUUGGAAAUCACCAAGAAAGUUAGAGAAUCUCCCUGCAUUUCUCAAGGUUUACAGUAGGAAGAAAGGUAGUCCUGAUUCGCUGUCAACUGCCCCUGAAGAAAAAGGCAGCCCACAUACGAUUGUGAUUACACUCGCGGGCCUUAGAGCGGCCGAUAUUACGAGAGCGCUUCGGCAAUUCCAAAACAAAGAUUGUACUGUCGCUAAGCUAUUCGCCAAACAUAUCAAACUGGCUGAGGCUAAAGAGUUUGUAAAGAAAACGAGAGUUGGUAUUGGGAUUGGUACUCCUGUUCGAUUGAAUGAUUUGGCUGCCUCUGGCGAAUUGAGUCUUACACAUCUCAAACGUAUUGUCAUCGACGGCUCAUACGUCGACAAGAAGAAGCGGGGUAUCUUCGACAUGAAAGAUUUACACCUCCCUCUUCUUCAAUUUCUCAACCGCGCGGAUCUCCGCGAUCGGUACUCCUCUAGCGAUAACCGAGUGGAAAUUCUGGUUUUUUGAACUGAUACCCUUUUGUAUAUCGCUAAGCGUGGAGACGCGGUAGGAUUACGGCACUUCUGCCUAAAUUCAAACUCGGUUAAUACAUAAUUCUCCCGCAUGAGAUGUCUUCGCAAUUUGAAAUCGUCGACCAUCCCAAUCAGGUUCACGCCACCGCAGCUAGAGGCCGUUCCUCACUUACUAUGAGAAGACUAACAGCCAAUUCGAGGAAGUAGGAAAGAUAACCCGGCCGGUGGUGAAGGUUUCUGUCUAAAAUAUGCAUGAUUUGGAAUGAGAGGAAUGAUGUUGAGCGCUGAAACCUAAAAGGAUUGUUGGAUGGGCAGCAAGAGCUGGAAGAGAAUGAAACGACCCGGGGUAAUCUCCUGAUCUGCCUGAUUGAAUACCAUACUUCACGGUUAUUUCCGGAGCUGGCGGCGGUUUUAAGAGCCAAUAUGGCUGAAUGGGUCGGUUGUAAUUGCAGCAGUUGUCAUAGUUAAUUAGAAAUUUCACUACCCUAAUUUCUCUUAGGACCUCGCGACGAUUAAAUUAACAACAUGUACCACCAGUAGAUAUCUUGCUAUCCAAUG